AUGCCAGCAGAACUCUGCCCACCAUAUGCGCCAUUUUUCGGCUUCGCAGGUGUUGCUUCAGCUGUAACGGUUGGUGCUGCGUUCGGAACGGCAAAGGCUGGAAUUGGUAUUGCAGGCCUGGGGACGUUCAAGCCUGAACUGAUCAUGAAGGCGAUGACCCCAUCGAAAGGCUAUCCCUUAGCUGCAGGCUUCAUUCAUCUAGGAGCAGGAAUUUCUUGUGGAAUGACUGGCAUUGCUGCGGGUUAUGCUAUUGGCCUCGUCGGAGAUUCGUGCGUCCGGGCAUAUGUUCACGAGCAACGAGUAUUUGUGUCCAUGAUCCUCAUCCUGAUCUUUGCGGAGGUCCUGGGGCUUUACGGGUGA